UAUAGCAUCACUCAGUGUAUCAGCCACCAUGCACGGAAAGAUAAUCUUCUACGAGGACAAGAACUUCCAGGGUCGCUCCUAUGAGACCAGCAGCGACUGCGCUGACAUGGCCUCCCACCUGACCAGGUGUCACUCCUGCAAGGUGGAGAGCGGCUGCUUCAUGGUGUACGACCGUCCCAACUACAUGGGUCAGCAGCACUUCCUGAGGAGGGGCGAGUACUCCGACUACCAGCGCAUGAUGGGUUUCGGUGACUGCAUCCGGUCCUGUCGUAAUAUCCCCCUGCACAAAGGGUCCCACAAAGUGAGGAUCUACGAGAGGGAGAACUUCGGUGGUCAGAUGAACGAGGUGAUGGAAGACUGCGACAACAUCCAGGACCGUUACCGCAUGUCCGACUGCCAGUCCUGCAACGUGAUGGACGGACACUGGCUGAUGUACGAGCAGCCCCAGUUCAGAGGCAAGAUGAUGUACAUGAGGCCCGGAGAGCACAAGAGCUUCAGGGACAUGGGAUACGAUGGAAUGAGAUUCAGCUCCAUCAGACGCAUCACUGACUCCUGUUAACUUUAA